GAAAGAUGGCGGACGACCCGAAAAGUGCCCUUGCAUUGCUGAACGGCAUAGCACGGCGAAAUUAUUACGGGGAUAAAGAUAUAACUGACAGUUUUCUAAAGGAUGAAAUAUACCCUGAUCUUCCAGAAGAACAGUUUAAUCAAUUACUUUCGAGAUGUUCUUCUUUGUUAAAGAGCAUGGUGUCAGCAGACAUGGAUAUGACCCAACUUGAAGCUUUUAUCACUGCACAGAUGAAACGAAAAGAAGGCGCUCUAACAGAAGCCCAAGCUAAUGUGUUCAGAAAGUUCUGGAAAACUAAUAAGACCAAAAUACAUGACAGUAUUGUGGCUCAUACAACAUGGGGUAAUUCACUCCAGAAAGUGUCCUGGAGAAUUGACUUGAAAUCUCAGGCUCGACACAUUGAUGAGAUUAACACUCCAUCAGCAAUUAUGGAAUUGCACAUCAGUGAUGGACAGAAUAUUGAAAAAACUGGUGAUGUUGUUCGUUUUGAAAUGGAUGAAGACCAUUUAUCAUCAGUGUUACAAAGCAUGCAAGAGAUUGAAGAAGAAAUCGCCAAAAACUCACAGUAGUGAUAUAUCUAUGUUGUUUUUACCAUCUCUUUAUGUAUUGAAAACUGGACACACAUCAGUCAGACAUCUGAUCAUACAUAUAUACAUGGUGUACAAUGAGGUUGUUGGGUCUCUCCACAUCAAUCAGUUUUAGCUUAUUCUAUGUAUAAUGAAUCUUAGUAUUCUGUCCCUUGGCCAUCUGAGACACACCUUACCAAAUUAACUCCCUUUGUUUUCCAAGAAGAGCAAACAGACUGGACCCUUAUAGAACUGGGAAAGGUUUGGAUUCACCUCAAGCAUUGCAGAGAAUUUCUUCUAUCGUCUUCGGACAGAGGCGAAGAAAUCAAUGGACAUUGAUAAACAUAAUGGAAUUGUAAUGACUGUAACUAUGGUAACAAGAGUCUCUGAAUGUGAGAUACUGGAGAGUACAGAGAAACUAUUAUGUGACCCUAGUCACCCCUAGACCCUAAGCCUAGUCGUAUCUGUUGAAGGUACAGAUAGUUUUCAUCGCAUCGGUUAUUUUUACACAAGUUCAUGAUUUGUGUAGUAUGAUAUGAAUGUGAAAUUGUAUAAAAUUAAACUGUUGUGUAACUGAAAAUUAAGCUCUUAAUAAACUAUGGAUGAAGUA